AAUAAACGCAAAGCGGCUCACAAACAGGAAGUCCUUUUGCACCAAUAGGAUGCUUAGAACGGGCCACGCUGCCACGCAGGCACGGAACACCGCACCAAUCGCGGCUGCAUCUUCGAAGGUUGCUACGUCUGUGGUUUUUUAAUGCGCGAUGGACGUCCCACACCACGGCUAUCGAGCAACAAAGCCUCGGGCUCGAGCGGCGCCCCCUUCUGGCGAUCCCUUGUUGUUUGAGGACACCAGCUCCUCAGGUCCACCUAUGGGGCAUCAGGGGUACUACAGCUCAGGAUACAGCAUGAGUGGGGUUGGUGGCAGCGUGGGAAACAGUGGGAUGAAUGAACUGUUUACUGACCCAAUGGCCAGUGCUGCUGUCAUGUACGGCUCGUCACUUGCCACACAGGGGAAGGAUAUGGUCAACAAGGAGAUCAGCCGGUUCAUGUCAGUGAACAAGUUAAAGUACUUCUUUGCCGUUGACACAAAAUACGUCAUGAAAAAACUACUCCUUCUCAUGUUUCCUUACACACAUCAGGACUGGGAGGUGCGGUAUCACAGAGACACACCCCUAACUCCCAGACAUGACGUCAAUGCCCCUGAUCUCUACAUACCUACUAUGGCCUUCAUCACAUACAUCUUGCUGGCAGGUAUGGCGCUGGGCAUUCAGAAAAGGUUUAGCCCAGAAGUCCUCGGUCUGUGUGCCAGCACUGCUCUGGUCUGGGUCAUCAUUGAGGUUCUGGUUAUGUUGUUGGGUCUCUAUCUACUCACCGUCCACUCAGACCUGUCAACCUUUGAUCUUAUUGCCUACAGCGGAUACAAAUAUGUGGGGAUGAUCUUUACAGUUCUGUGUGGGCUGCUCUUUGGCAAUGAUGGCUAUUUUAUUGCCCUGGCUUGGUCCUCCUGUGCCCUCAUGUUUUUCAUUGUCCGCUCCCUCCGGAUGAAGAUUCUAUCCUCCUUCUCUCCUGACUCCAUGGGUACUGGGGCUAGCGCCAAGCCCCGCGUGCGUCUUUACAUUACUGUAGCCACCGCUGCCUUUCAGCCAAUCAUCAUUUACUGGCUCACUGCCCAUCUGGUCAGGUGACCUAAAAGAGAGCGACUCCUAUGGUUUAAUGGAGGACAGACUCAAGUUUUAAAACCUUAAUCCACACAUUGACUAAUUCCACCUUCAAGGAGAUGCAUUUUGUUUGAUGGCAUUUCCAACCAAAAAGGAAGACCUACUAUUAGAGAUGAGAUUGUAACUUGUCAUUGUGUAAUGGAUUAAAGUUUUAGUUUUUAUUUCGGUUUAAUAUUGUAUUUUCCACAAACAAGAAGUACGGGAUUAUGACGCAUUCUCCCUCCCUGCCCUUUUUGUGUUGCCACGUGCUUAAUCAAAGGACGGACAUAACUUCCCGUUUUCAGUUGUAACCACAUGGGGGAGCUCGUCGGGCCUCAACGUCAGCUAGUGCAGAGACAGAUUGGCCGAACAACGAAUAUAUUAAAAAUAAAAUAAAUAAGCCUUGCCCAAAGAGCUUUCAGCAGUGCUGUGAACAGUAUUUGAUGCGAAAUAUGGACUAAAAGGGAUAAUUCUGCUGAAGUUGAAACGUCACAUGAAUUUGAGUCACUCAAAAAUGCGUUGCUGCUGAUCUAAAUAAACAACGGCGAGAUUAAAUGGUAUGGUGUUUUUGUGUUCUGUUUUCCCCCUUCACUUACUAUUUUACAUUUAUCUGUGCUGUCGCCUUAGCAUGAAUAGCGCUAAUAUAGAUUUGUCUUUUGGAAAAAUAAACUGAAGUUUUGAAAA